AGAAAUAACCACCUCAAACCGAGUGACAAAGACAAUGGCUCUCCGAACAGGCGGCACCACCAACGAUUUUUCCAAAUAAAAUCAACCGCUUAGUCCUAAUUUCAUUUCACAAUACGUGUGGUUCACUCCUUUUCUCUCUCUCAUUUUCUUCAAUGGCCGAAACUUCCACCCUUUUCAGAUUCAGAUUCUCUUCUCCACCAUUCAAUUCCACAUCUCCUUCAAAACCUUUCACAUUCAAUCCCAAUUCUUUCCCUCUCUCAUCACCUUCUAUCUCUCAACCCCGUCUUCUCCGUUUCAACCCCAAAGCCAACCAUUCCAACAACAACAACUCCGAUGAAGAUCCCUUCGAGUUCUUCCCUUGGUCUGACUCCGACGCUGAAAUUCAAUGGGUUGCUCAGGACAGAUUUACCUUCUUCACUGCGGAUGGUCUGGUCCAAAUUGGAGGCUCCAUGACUCCUCGUCGUGCCAGGUUUUCUGAUAAGCAAGGGAAAUUCAAAACUGCUAAAAAAUUUCAACGGUAUCAAGAGAGUAACUAUAUGGACCCCAAUCAAGGCCUUUGCCUGGGUGCACUCUUUGAUAUUGCAGCUACAAAUGGACUUGAUAUGAGCAGAAGGCUCUGCAUUUUUGGUUUCUGCCGCUCUAUUGAAAUGCUUAGUGAUGUGGUGGAAGAUACUGUUUUGGAGCAUGGUGGGGAGGUGAUUGCUGCAGAGAAGGCAAGCAGAGGUGAUUUGCAUGAAAAGCUAACCAUGACUGUUGCGGUACCAUUGCUAUGGGGCGUUCCUCCAGCUUCCGAGACGCUCCACCUAGCCGUUAAAAGUGGAGGAGGAAUUGUAGAUAAGGUCUAUUGGCAAUGGGACUUUCUGUAAAUAUAUUGUAGGUUUUCUAACCAUUCUUUGUGCACUCUGUACAUAAACUUAGUAUCUCUGUAUAUGCACAAAAAAAGUUGUUGUAUCUCUUCUGUACAUGUACAAAUAUUUAUUUUCAUGUCAAUAUCCAAUUGUCCGUACCACAAUAAAUUGUUUGUUGUGGCAUGAGAACUUAAACUUGAAUAUAUCUGCCUUUGAUUAAAAUUUGCUGGAAAA